GGAACGGACCAGUAGUAUCAUAGGACACUCUCUCUUUUGACCUUCUGCCUCGCAUCCGCUCUGUUCCAGUAGGGUUUUCGCCUGCACCGGCUUUCACUUGCGUCCGCUGGUUCCGCCGCCGGAGCUUCUCUCGCCGUCCUCGCGGCCUUAUCGACUUGUCAGUGAAGACAAAGUUCAUUGCUCUCCGCUUUUGGGAAAACUGAUGUGAACGGGUUCGGCGGCGGAUUGUUAUCGUGUUUGCCUGCGUUAGUUAGUGAUAUUUCCAAUCUGCUGAGAAUCAGGGGGGAUGGCUGGUGGAGAGGCGAAGAAACCCAAUAAACCCAAUUCUAGCGCAGGGAAGAAGAAGGAGGUGAAGAAGGAGACGGGAUUGGGUCUCUCCAAUAAGAAGGAUGAGAACUUCGGGGAAUGGUAUUCCGAGGUUGUUGUCAGCGGCGAAAUGAUAGAGUACUAUGAUAUCUCUGGCUGUUACAUUCUAAGGCCAUGGGCGAUGGGCAUUUGGGAUAUCAUGCAAGAGUUCUUUGAUGCUGAAAUAAAGAAGAUGAAAAUUAGGAACUGUUAUUUCCCUCUUUUUGUAUCUCCUGGGGUUCUACAACGCGAAAAGGACCAUGUAGAGGGUUUUGCUCCAGAGGUUGCUUGGGUGACAAAAUCUGGGGAUUCUGAUUUGGAAGUGCCUAUUGCAAUCCGACCAACAAGUGAGACAGCGAUGUAUCCUUACUUUUCUAAGUGGAUAAGGGGACAUAGAGACUUGCCUUUGAAACUUAAUCAGUGGUGCAAUGUUGUUAGAUGGGAGUUUAGCAAUCCUACACCCUUUAUCAGGAGUCGUGAGUUUCUUUGGCAGGAAGGACAUACAGCUUUUGCUACCAAAGAAGAAGCAGAUGCAGAGGUUCUUGAGAUAUUGGAACUCUAUAGCCGUAUAUAUGAAGAGUAUUUAGCUGUUCCAGUAAUAAAGGGCAAGAAGAGUGAAUUGGAGAAGUUUGCUGGUGGUUUAUAUACAACUACUGUGGAGGCAUUUGUUCCUAACACUGGGCGUGGAAUUCAAGGGGCAACAUCACACUGUCUGGGUCAGAAUUUUGCAAAAAUGUUUGAAAUAUUCUUUGAGAAUGAAAAGAGAGAGAAAGCCAUGGUCUGGCAGAACUCGUGGGCCUAUACCACUAGAACGAUUGGGGUAAUGGUGAUGGUUCAUGGGGAUGAUAAGGGGUUGGUUCUCCCUCCCAAAGUGGCAUCAGUUCAAGUUAUCAUUAUACCUGUUCCAUAUAAAGAUGCUGAUACUCAAGGUAUCUUUGAUGCCUGCACAGCCACUGUCAAUACCUUAUGUGAAGCAGGUAUUCGUACGGAGACAGACCUCAGAGAUAACUAUUCACCUGGUUGGAAGUACUCACAUUGGGAAAUGAAAGGCGUCCCUCUAAGAAUUGAGAUUGGACCAAAGGACUUGGCAAAUAAUCAGGUCCGAGCUGUUCGGCGUGAUAGUUCUGCUAAAAAAGAUAUACCAAGGGCCGACUUAGUUGAGCAGGUGAAAGAAAUGUUGGCCAGCAUUCAACAGAGCCUGUUUGAUGCUGCGAAACAAAAACGAGAUGCUUGCAUUCAAGUUGUGAAAACAUGGGAUGAAUUCGUGGAAGCACUAGGCCAAAAGAAGAUGGUUUUGGCUCCUUGGUGUGAUGAGGAAGAGGUGGAGAAAGAAGUAAAGGCACGGACAAAGGGUGAGAUGGGAGCAUGUAAGACACUUUGUUCCCCAUUUGAACAGCCAGAGCUUCCUGAAGGUACUAUAUGCUUUGCUUCUGGAAAGCCCGCAAAAAGGUGGAGCUACUGGGGCAGGAGUUACUAGUUCUGCUUGUGGUCCUUCUCUUAGCAUUGAGAUUCUCCAUGCGAAGAUCAGAUCGGCGCCAACUUAUGGCAAGCUCAGUCCUGUGCUAUGCUAGGCCGCAAAUUCAGACUAUUAAUCUUGUAGCAGUGCGGAUUUAUUUAUCGACAUUGGCUCGAGCCUCCCAAAUUUUCGGAGUCCUGGUUUGGUGUUCUUCUUUUUUUCAUACACAGGUGAUGUUUGGAAAAUGCUUAGAAAUAUCGAGUAAUGCCACACAAAAAAAGGGUGAUAUUCAGUAA